UAUGGCUGCACUACGCCUAAUAAUGCUAAACAUUAUGUUUAAAUACAUCUACUGUUAGCCUUUACUGUAUGCUGCACAUUUUUAGAUUGUAUACCAUUUCCAGCAAGACUAUUCAAGCAAUCUACUCACUGAUUGAUGAAGAUGAUGAACGAUCGGCGAAGGAGAUGUUGAAUGAAGCUGUUGGCAUCACAGCACAACAUCAACAUUGCUCUAAUCACAGUCAGAAGGCAGUUGAAGAAACUUGGGUGGAUUUAUAAGAAUAAGGCUCGUUUCGACCCAAUGGAAAAACGCAUGGUAACAAAGAAAGCGGCCAUGAUAGAUGGGGGGCCAGCGCAGUACCAUUCCGCUCAGCUGAUGAAGUUGCACAUGGAGCAGAUUCAAACUUUGAAAACUGACAUCGAGUCAUUGAAGGUAGACCAGCAGAAAGAGAAACAUUCUCUGAGGGCAGAGAUACGGGCUACGGCUGAUGCAUUGGUCCAGAGCCAGGUGGCAUUGACAGAGUGCCAGGCCGCAUUGGUGGAGAGUCGGACAGAGAAUGGCUCGUUGAAGAGGGCGAGGGAAGAGAUGGAGUCACAAUUCAUGCCAAUCCAUGUGAGCUCCGGAACUCCACUUCCGACAGGCAGUUCGUCAGUUCACCCUGACAUUUCCAUUCCUCGACUGACACCAGAACGUAACGAACUGCUCACUGAGCACAGCAUGGGCCGCCCGGACCGUUAUGCUGUUGUGCUAUUCCAAGAAUGCGUAACCAAAGAGAGAUAUCGCGAGUGGGCACAGAAUACCAAUUGGGAUGGAUCCAGAGGCAAAUUAGGCUUACCAGUGAAUCUCCGAGUGUUCAUCAUGAAAAAUGUGUCUCAGAUGUUUCUCUCCUUAAGUGAUGCAACCCGAAAAAGCAUAAGAGUAAAUGAAUAUUUGAGGAAGCCGAGGAAGUCUGGAUAUGGCAUGGCCCGUUUUCCUUGAAUUAGGCAUAUGUCUACAGUAUGUAGGCUAGUAAAAUUAUACUUGCCCUGUUUGUUGUUGUCACACUUUAGUGGCCUAAUAAACAUCCAUAUUUUGAAUGUA